AUCGGCCAAAUAUAUCGGAUACAGGUUUAAAUCCAAGUGACCUUUUGGAAAGGUUUAUGCGUUUUAUCAAUAAGUGUUCACAUAAGUACGAAACGAAAGAUGAUUAUUAUGCUCCAUAUGCAACCUUGACUCAAGCCAGCGACACAGGAAAAUCCAAAUUAUUGCAGAAAACCGCGGAAAUCGUCUUCAUCAUAUAUUGCUGUUUGCGCGACUCCAACACAAGCGGCUAUCCAUUCAGAUCACACAUUGCCAAUAGUUUAAUAAGUAAGUUUGAAGAUGAGCGAGAUGCUUCGUUCACCUUCCUUGCAUACCUAUGCGCAUGCAUUCAAAAAAAUAUUGAAUCCAGAAUGACCAAAAUCAAGCAUGAGCUGAUAAGAAAGUCUAAUAAUGAUGACGAAUUUAUCAAAGAAGUUGAGAAAUACGUGACGCAAAGGACUCGACAAACAUCAGUUGAAUGUUUGUUUGCAUUCGAUGAAUCUCGAACUCUGAUCAAUAAUAAGGCCGGAAAAGAAACCUUAUUCUACCAUUUUUGUCACGAUUUAAAAUUUUUGCCUAAGGGGACAGGAAUUUUUGCCAUUUUUACAGACACAAUUUCGAACUUCGCGCCUGCUGCCCACCUUGAUCCGUCCAAAAGAGUUGCGGGCACGGGUUCGCGAUUGUACGAGCCUUUUUAUCUGCUGGACACUAUAGACAUUUACACGGAUUCUAAAGAAUUACCGACAUUGGAAGAGUCUAAAAAUCCGCAACAUAUGUUGGUAUGGAAGGCCCUUGUGGGUCACUGGAAAAUAAAUGCUCAAAAAAUAAACAUUACGGAAGCUUUGGCCAUUCUUGGAACUCGCUUAUGUAUUGACAUAGUACCACAAUCCGAAUAUGCAUCUCUGCUGAUGACAAGCCACAUGCGUCUUUGUCUUGAUGUCUCGGAGAAUCGUAAAAGUAAUAUUACAUCGAUGCCUACCGAACCUGUGCUAGCGGAGGCAGUUGCUCGGAUCAUGAACGAUUCAGAAGUUAGCCUAACAGAACUUACUAAUCGACUCGCAUCAGCAAGGAUGACGCUUGCAAAAGAAACGAAGGUCAAUUUAUCAGAGACGAUGGCAAUUGUUAUUCAGAAUUGCCUUCAGGAGCAGGUAUUGUUUAUAGGAACCGAAUUUGGUGAAGCUUACAUCAAGUUUACACACUUUAUCCGCAUUAAUUAUACACCAAACAGGAAAGAUCUUCGAGAUGCUUUGAUCCGUGGUGUUGCAUUUUCAUGUAAACGAAAUCAAAGAGGAUAUUAUUAUACCUAUAUACAUAUA